AUGAAGGCUCCAAAUCACACAGUUGUGAAAGAGUUCAUUCUUCUGGGGUUAACAGAGAACCCCACACUGCAUGUAAUUCUCUUUAUGGUAUUUCUUGGAAUAUAUGCUGUUACUUUAGUAGCCAAUAUCAGCAUCAUCACUUUAAUAAGAAACUUCCCUCAGCUCCACACACCCAUGUAUCAGUUCCUUAGCCAUCUGGCUUUUGUGGACAUUGGGUUUUCUACAUCAGUCACACCUAUAAUGCUUGUAGGAUUCCUUGGAUAUGGAAUGGUACUUUCUGUGGCUGCAUGUGAAGCCCAAUUUUGCAUUGCAGUGACAUUUGGUACAGUCGAAUGCUUCCUUCUGGCAGCCAUGGCCUAUGACAGAUAUGUGGCCAUUUGCUCACCCUUGCUCUACUCCACACAUAUGUCCCCUAGAAUCUGCUUCCUCUUGGUUGGGGUUUCCUAUGUUGGUGGCUGUGUGAAUUCAAUGACAUUUACUAGCUGCCUGUUGAGUUUGUCCUUCUGUGGGCCAAAUCACAUAGAUCACUUUUUCUGUGACUUUCCUGCUGUGUUGAAACUUUCAUGCUCAGAUGUUUCCAUUAUUGGAAUUAUUCCCUCCAUCUCUGCCGGAUCCAUCAUUGUGAUCACAGUGUUUGUCAUAGCUAUCUCCUACACCUGCAUCCUCAUCACCAUCCUGAAGAUGCGCUCCACCGAGGGCCGCCAAAAGGCCUUCUCCACCUGUACCUCCCACCUCACUGCAGUCACUCUCUACUAUGGGACCAUCACCUUCAUCUAUGUGAUGCCCAAGUCCAACUACUCUACUGAGCAGAACAAGAUAAUGGCUGUGUUCUACACAGUGGUGAUCCCCAUGAUUAACCCCCUCAUUUACAGUCUGAGGAACAGAGAUGUAAAGGAGGCCCUGAGAAAGGUCACCAUCAAAAUAUAUACAAGAGGAUAA